AACGAGCGAGUCAGAGGCCACGCAGUCCAUUGAAAAAGGAAGGACUGACUGACUGACUGCCUGACCGAUGGACUGAGAGUCCUGAGAAAGAGACAGAGACAGCGCUCAUGUGGACCAUCCACCCGACACACUCCCCUGGAAACACGUGUCCGCCCAUGGGCCCCAUCCCGCCCCCACACUGAUAGUGCACGUCCACGCUCGUUCACCGGCCGCCCGUCCCCUCCCCCAGAUCUCCCCUAGAUCGGGGUCCUGGGUCCAGCAUGGCGCGUCAUCGGGAUGUGCGGAACAUGGACACGGGCGAAUUCGAAGACGAUUACGACUACGGCUCGUCGUACGGCUCGUCCUACAUGGACGAGACCUCGCUGUCCACCUCGGUCGAGCGCGAUUACAUGUAUCGCCGGGGCUCGGUGGGGGCCUCCGGGCACACGCCCAAAAUGGGCCAUUUCUUGGCCCGCCGGUCCGAUUCCAUUAGCUCCGUGCCCGAAGAAGAGGAAGAGGACGAAGGCGGGCAGGCCGGACAGCGGGCGGGCGGGACGGAUGGGGCUGGACGGGGCCGCGUUCGAGCGCGUUCGGAUUCGGAAACCUCGAGUAGUUCCAACCCCGAGGACGACGUGGACCCGCUCAAUGAGGAAGAGGCCGGCAGACUGGCCCAAUGCUUGGAACAGAUUCUGGACAUCGUGGGCGACUCCAUCCCCGAGAGCUCCAUCCGGGAAGUGGUCAAACGCUGCGAUUUCAACCCCGAAGUGGCCUUGAACACCCUGCUCAACAACCCCAUCAAGAGCAUCGGACGACGCGCGCCCAGUCUCACGCCUAAACCCCAGCCUAUUGUGGCGCCAGUGCCCGCGCCCGCGCCCGCGCCGCCGCCGGUGGUGGUGGCCGCCGAGCCGCCCGUGGUGGCCGCCCGACCCAAGCCCAAGUGGUUGAAGGCCGAGGCCAUGAGCGGGCCUCGAUCUCGGAGUGCCAGUCCGGCGGUCAGUGCCGCCAACGGCAAGUGGCGGGACACGGCCCCGCCCAGCGUGAGCACACCCAAAGUGUCCAUGCGAAAAGGCGAAUUGGACGCGCGGGCGCGGUACCAAAAGGAGCGGGCUGGCGCCCAGGUCCCGCUGAACUUGGUGGUGGUGGGCCAUGUGGACUCCGGCAAGUCGACCUUGAUGGGCCACCUCCUGUUGGCCUUGGGCCAGGUCAGCGCCAAACUCAUGCACAAAUACGAGACCGAGUCCAAGAAGCUGGGCAAACAGUCCUUCGCCUUGGCCUGGGUCCUGGACGAGAGCGCGGAGGAGCGCGAGCGCGGCAUCACCAUGGACGUGGGUCAGCACAAGUUCCAGACGGCCAGCAAGUGCGUCACGCUCUUAGAUGCGCCCGGUCACAAGGACUUCAUCCCCCACAUGAUCAGCGGGGCCUAUCAGGCCGAUGUGUCCAUUCUCGUGGUGAACGCCACGCGCGGCGAGUUCGAGGCGGGCUUCGAGAUGGGCGGGCAGACCCGUGAGCACGCUCUCCUUGUCAGAUCGCUGGGUGUGUCUCAGCUCGUGGUGGCCGUGAACAAAUUGGACACGGUGGGCUGGGAUCUGGCUCGGUUGGCCGACAUCACGGCCAAGCUGGCCCACUUCCUCCGCCAGGUGGGCUUCAAGGAGUCGGACGUGGUGUACGUGCCUUGCUCGGGCUUCACCGGGGACAAUCUGAUCCGACCCAGUCCCCAUCUGAGCUCGUGGUACACGGGACCCACCCUGGUGGAAGCUAUCGACGCCUUCAAGCCGCCCGAGCGAUUGGUGGACAAACCGUUCCGCAUGUUCAUCUCCGACAUCUACAAGGGUCAGGCCUCGGGCAUUUGUUGCGCGGGUCGCAUCGAGUCCGGACUCGUGCUCAAGGAGGACAAGGUGCUCAUCAUGCCCCUUCAAGAGGUGGCCACCGUCAAGAGUGUCCAGCAAGACGAACUCUCCGUGUUAUCGGCCUUUGCCGGCGACCAUUGCUCUCUCGUGCUAGUGGGUCCGGAUCAAACCAGUCUCGCCAACGGGAUGGUGCUGUGCGACCCGCAGAAUCCCAUUCCCGUGACCAAGCGGUUCGAGGCCCGGAUUGUGAUCUUCAAUAUCGACAUUCCCAUCACCAAGGGCUACACGGUGGUGUUGCAUUAUGGGAGUGUGCAAGUUCAGGCCGUGCUCAAGCGGCUCCUCACGCAGAUCCACAAGUCCACGGGCGAGGUCAUCAAGAACAAGCCCCGGUGUCUGACCAAGGCGUGCAGUGCUGUGGUGGAGGUGGCCUUGGACACGCCCAUCUGCUUGGAGACGUACUCGCAUAUCAGAGAGUUGGGGCGGUUCAUGCUCCGAAAUGGGGGCAAGACCAUCGCUGCGGGCGUGGUGACCAAGAUUCUAUGAACUGGAAUGGCAAUUCGCCUCUUGCCCAUUAUUGCCUUUGUCUCUCUGCUACCUUGAACCAAUUGGGGAAACUCUCAAACACACACACACAAACAAACGAAUGAACCACACACGGCUCCUCUUUUCUUUUUUAUUUUAUCAUUAUUCCUUCUUCUUAGCCAGAAUCUUUGUCAUUUUUACCGGUAACAUGGGAAUCGUCAAAUGUCAUGUUUUCCUCGGAAUACACCUACUUCCCCGGGAAAGAGUUUUAUACCGCCACAUAUAUGCCUUCUUUCCAAUAACGCCCGUUUCACCACUGUUUUCUAG